AUGAAUGCAGCAUCGACUAAUAUCUGGACACAACAAGGACCUCGAAAUGAGCUUAUCGAACGCGACUUGUUCUCUGGCACUAACUGUGGGAUCAAUUUCGAUAAGUAUGAAGAAAUACCGGUUGAGGCAACAGGGAAUGAUGUGCCGCGUCCAUGCGCAGCGUUUGAUGAAUUGCAAUUACAUCCAUGGAUUCAGGAAAAUAUCAAGAAAUUAGGAUAUAUGAAGCCAACGCCAGUGCAAAAAUAUUCUAUUCCGACUUUACUGAACUGCCGUGAUCUGAUGUCUUGCGCGCAAACUGGUUCAGGAAAAACCGCAGCUUUUCUAGUGCCGCUUAUUAAUCACAUCAUUUUAAAUGAGUCAACUGCAAUGAGAAUGCCACAAGUCAUGAAUACCAGUCGUCAUACGGUGUUUCCAGUUGCGCUGAUAUUAUCGCCAACCCGUGAGUUGGCUAUGCAAACUUAUAAGGAAGCUUUGAAGUUUGCUUAUCGAACUAACGUUACGUCUGCCGUACUUUAUGGUGGUCGUGAAAACUAUCGCGAUCAAGUGCAAAAAUUAACACUCGGAUGCCAUGUACUUAUUGCCACACCGGGACGUCUGCUAGAUGUGAUGAGUCAGAAUGUUGUCUCUCUUCAUGACUGUAAGUUUUUGGUACUCGACGAAGCAGAUCGAAUGCUUGAUAUGGGUUUUGAACCUCAAAUUCGGCAAAUUGUGGAGCGUUAUUCGAUGCCGGAAAAGGGUAAACGCGUUACUGCAAUGUUUUCUGCGACAUUUCCAAAAGAAAUCCAGGUAUUGGCACAAGAUUUUCUUAUGCCAAAUUAUGUAUUUCUUGCCGUUGGACGCGUCGGUUCAACAUCUGAAAAUAUUGUACAAAAAAUUAUUUGGGUGGAAGACCAUGACAAGAAGCGUUUGCUCAUGGAGAUCCUCGAUGUUGACGCGAAUAGAGGACUUACUUUAGUAUUCGUUGAGACGAGACGAGGUGCAAAUGAGUUAGCGUGGUAUCUUCAGCGUAAUAACUACAGCGUCAUGCCAAUUCAUGGUGAUCUUAAGCAAUACGAAAGAGAGCGCCAUCUGGAAAUGUUCAGAUCCGGACAAACAAACAUAUUAGUUGCAACAGCUGUAGCAGCCAGAGGUCUUGAUAUUCCAAAUGUGAAGCAUGUAAUUAACUUCGAUCUUCCCACUGAUAUUGACGAGUAUGUUCAUCGCAUUGGCCGUACAGGGCGUGCUGGGAAUAUUGGAUUGGCAACUUCAUUCUUCACAGAUCGAAAUCGGAAUAUCAGUCACGAUUUGGUGGAUCUUUUGGUUGAAUCUAAUCAAGAAGUGCCGGAUUGGCUGGAGAAAAUGACUAAAGAAAGCAGCAGAAGCGCUUCCAAACAUCACGAUAGGACACACAGAGGACGUUUUGGUGGACGAGACCAUCGUUUAAAUGCUGGAAAUAACUCAUUUUAUUUCAAUCGUCCCACGGCUGUUGUGCAAAAUUUUGGGACAGAAUCGAAUUCUGCUCUUUGGUACAGUCAAAGCAACUUCCAUCCAUCUUAUGGUGAUACUGGAAAUGUUUUUAUGAAUACAUCAUCUGUUGCUAUUCAAAGCAAUAUAUAUCGGGCUCCUCAGAUAGGUCACAUUUAUCAACAUCAUGGAGAUUCCUUUCCAUUCGUACCAUCUGUUCCAACCACUGGUAUUGACUAUUGGGGUACUAUUGCUGGCACUUCGUCGAAUGGAGAAUUCUUACGACCUAAUAACUUGGCUUAUGGCGGGCAUUUUGGAACUCAGGCAUCACAAGCAGUUUUUGGCAAUUGGGAGCGUUAA